CUCCCUCUCAGUCUGACCAUGGCUCUGUCUCGGGCGGAGCGCUGCCUGGCGCUGGCGCUGCGCUGCCUCUCGGCCCUCUACCUGGCCCUCCUCCGCCUCCUGGCCCGCGCCUCCGCCUCCGCUUCCCUGGCCGCCCCUGCCUCGCCGGCUGCCCCCUUCCGCCGCCCCGUCCCGCCGCCCCAGCAGCCUCUCCUCCUCCUCUCCGCCUCGCAGCUGGCCGCCAGCAUCCGGCGCAGGAAGGUGUCAUGUGUGGAUGUAAUUGAAACAUACAUUGGGAGGAUCAAGCAGGUCAACCCAUUGAUCAAUGCACUGGUCAGAGACAGGUUUGAAGCAGCCCUCCAAGAAGCCCACCAAGUUGACAAGCUGCUCUUGGAGGGACAUGAUGAUGAGGAGACGCUGCAGGAGAAGUUUCCGUUCCUGGGGGUGCCAGUCACCAUCAAAGAGGCCUUUGCGUUGCAUGGCUUGCCCAAUACUUCUGGCUUGGUUAACCGUCGCAACAUAAUCUCUGUAGCAGAUGCCACAGUAGUGUCCCGGUUAAAGCAAGCUGGCACCAUCCCAUUGGGUGUGACCAACUGCAGUGAGCUGUGCAUGUGGUAUGAGUCAAGCAACCGUGUCUAUGGCCGAACCAACAAUCCAUAUGAUCUGGGGUGCAUAGUAGGAGGCAGCUCAGGAGGAGAAGGCUGUAUCCUUGCAGCUGCUGGCUCUGUGAUUGGUAUUGGCUCAGAUAUCGGGGGCAGCAUCCGAAUGCCUGCAUUCUUCAAUGGAAUCUUUGGACAUAAGCCCACCACAGGUGUGGUUCCCAAUGAAGGCCAAUUCCCGAAUGCCAUGGGCAUCCGAACAAAUUUCCUGUGCACUGGCCCAAUGUGUCGCUACUCAGAAGACCUAGAACCCAUGCUGAGGGUCAUGGCAGGACCAAACAUCGGAAAGCUGAAACUGGAUGAAGAAGUUUCCCUGGAGAAUAUAAAAUUCUAUUCAAUGGAGCAUGAUGGAGGUUCAGUUUUUGUUUCUCGAGUGGAUAGAGAGAUUCUUCAGGCACAUCGGAAGGUGGUAAAACACCUGGAGACAGAUCUAGGGGUUCAGGUUCAAAAUGUGGCCAUUCGUGACAUGAAAUACUCCUUCCAGAUCUGGUCUGUCAUGAUGUCUUCCAGUGACAGCAAUGGCCAGGAGACACAAGCUUUCACAGAACUUCUUGGGGACCAUGGAAAGCCAGUGUGGCCCUCUUGGGAGCUGGUGAAGUGGAUGAUGGGAAUGUCUUCACACACCCUUCCAGCCAUUGCUCUAGGACUAACUGAGAAGGUUGUGAAAUACAGUCCCAGGGAGAAUGCCAAGCUAGCAGCUAAGGCACAGAGCCUGCAAACACAGAUGGUGAAUUUACUGGGGGAUGAUGGUGUCCUUUUAUAUCCUUCACAUCCUGUAGUGGCUCCUAGGCACCACACUCCUCUGGCAAUGCCUUUCAAUUUUGCCUACACAGCUAUCUUCAACAUACUGGGUUUACCAGUGACACAGUGCCCACUGGGUUUGAGCAAGGAUCACCUCCCACUGGGUAUCCAAGUGGUGGCAGGACCCCACAAUGACCACUUGACUCUGGCUGUGGCACGAUACUUGGAGAAGGCAUUUGGAGGCUGGGUCCCCCCUGGCACAUCUUAGCACAGCUUGCCAAGGACCUGGUGAUGGCAGGAACUUGAAGACCAUCUUACCUGUGAAAUCUAACAGAAGACAAAUGCAUCUGAAACUGCAAGCCCUCUGAUGCACUCCCCUCAACUACAAUCUAAGGGAUGCUAGAUAGGGUUAUGCAAACUUUUCCUCCAUGUUAGAUGCUCACUCUGAUAAGGCCAGAUCCAACACAGUGGAGAUUCAUUGCAAAAUUCCAUGGGAAAUUUAGACAGAAUGAGGCACUGUGCUUCUCAAAGAAGUUUGACUUGGGACAAUCGGGUUUUUUAUUAUUAUUAUUAUUUGGGACAAUCAAAUUGUGAGCUGUGCAAGAGGAUCAUUUUUGAGUUUUGGCAUGGGUAUGUCAUUGAGUAGAACAGGAUUCCAAGUCUCCUCUUUCUGUUUUAUUCGCACCCAUUUUUUACUUUUACGAUACUUUUUACUUUUACAAGCAAAGACAAAAGCAUCAGACGGCUGUGUUGGAGACAUCUUCUCCUCAGAUUUCUUUGGUGAGACUGGAGGAGGGUGUCCCCAACAUCUCAAAGUUUGAGCAGGAGACUGAGCAGCACCUUAGAGCCUUCCAGCUUUGUGGACUUUGUUGGGCUUAGUGUUCCCACUCCUGGCACUUUAUUUGGCUCUGUAGGUAGGUCAGCUUUCUGCUUCUUGAAAGAGACAUGUUGGAAAAUCUGGGACAGCUUCUUAUGAGGGAUGAUGAGUCAAAUAUUCCCUCUCUAUACCUUCCUCUUCUCUCCCAGGGGCAGUGCCUUCUAGCUGUGGCAUCCACACUUUUUUGGGAGAGGGGUCACUCCCCGCUGCUGCUGCUGCUGCUGCUGCUGUGUGAUCUUUAUUACAUUCCACAACACCACCCUUAGAUCAGGUAUAUAAAAAGUUGAGGGGCCAUCACCCCAUUCUCAUGAGCCAAAUAAAAUGUAUCUUACUAAGCUGAUAACAUAACGGGGACAAUAAUGUAUUAUCUAUUACUUGAGAUCCAUAUUUUUUUUAUGUCUAACACUUGGUAUCUUUGAACAAUAUCUAUUGCUGUUGAUUGUCAUAGAGUUAGGGUCCAGAAUGUACUUGAAUUCUAAGGAUAAUGGGAUAUGUCAUUGAGUAAAUUGAUGCUACUCUUUCCCUUGUGCUGAACUAAAAUAAAGAAUUAAGAGUUGUUUAUAGGACCAUUUUACCCAGGUCAGAUAUCCUUAUGACUUGAAUAUUAAUAAAAAAUACUUAAUAUAUAGCA